AUGUCCGACAUCCCCGUCAACGUCCCCGUGGAUACGGUCAAACUGCGGGUAGAGAAGACGGCAGUGCGGCGCAUCCCCACCGAGGCCUUCUACUACCUGAACGACCUGCGCUACCUGUGGAUCACCUACAACUCUAUCUCCUCUGUGGACGCCGCCGCCUUCUACAACCUCAAGGUCCUCCACGAACUGCGGCUGGACGGGAACCUGAUUUCCACCUUCCCCUGGAAGUCCCUGAAGGAGAUGCCCAGUCUGAGGACGCUGGAUCUUCACAACAACCGCUUGACCGAUGUGGCCGUGGAGGCUACCCCAUACCUGGUCAACAUCACCUAUCUGGAUAUCUCCAGCAACAAGCUGACCACUCUGUCUUCGGACUUUGUGGAUAUCUGGCUGCCUUUCAACGGCAUGCCCAUCUCCUCCAACCUGUCCCAGAAAGUGGUGCUCGGUAAGAGAACUGGGAAUGGGGUGUGAGUGGGUGAUGUGGGAAUGAGGGUUUAAGGUUAGGACUUAACCCACCCUCAAGAGCUACUGGUUGUGCAGGCUUUUGUCCAUCCAUCUCUAGCAAACUUGCUUCUACUGAUCAGCUGCUCUUCAGGAAGAUUUUGAUUAGCUGACUCAGGUGUAUUAGAGCAGGGCUGGAGCAAAACCCUGCACUCCCAGUGGCUCUCCAGGAGGUGGGUUGGCCACCCCUACAGUAAAGCAGGUGUUCAGAGAUAACAGAACAUGGGAUUGACCUGCAUAGGAGUGUGUAGAGUUUUUGGUCGUUACAUAGCCCAUAAAUGCAUUGUGUAUACUUAGUGACUGCUAACUUUAACCCAAAGGCAUAUUUCAAUCUUCACAUUGAGGUUCCAAGACCUAUUUGAUUAACUCUGUAUUUACAAAAAAAGAUUGCAGUUUUGAAACUACAGUAAAAGUGCAGUAACUGUAGUCGACUGUGAUAUUUUGGAUGCAGUAAUUGCAGAAUAACUGCAAUGUACUGCAGUUAUACUGCACUCUAACUGCAGUUACCCUGCAUUUACGUCAUUUAGCAGACGCUCUUAUCCAGAGCGACUUACAGUUAGCACAUACAUUAUUUUAUCGAACCCACAACCCUGGCGUUGCAAACGCCAUGCUCUACCAACUGAGCUACAUCCCCUGCCGGCCAUUCCCUCCCCUACCCUGGACGACGCUGGGCCAAUUGUGCGCCGCCCCAUGGGUCUCCCGGUCGCGGCCGGCUACAACAGAGCCUGGAUUCGAACCAGGAUCUCUAGUGGCACAGCUAGCACUGCGAUGCAGUGCCUUAGACCACUGCGCCACUCGGGAGAGUGCAAAAUUGUGCAAAAUUACUGCAGUAAAAAAAAGGUGUUAUAUUGGACGCAAUAUUUGUAGCAUACUGCAGUUAUACUGCAACCUGACUGAAAUCUUUUUUCGUAAGGACACAUGUAACUACUCCCACAAUUAUUAUAAACAUUCACACAAUCCUAAGGUUAACCAUUAGAAAGUUGAAUAAAUCUGAUCCUGUAUCAAUGGUUAGGAGAGGCUUGGACCUCCUCAGGUUUAAACCUGUCCAGGCACACAGCUCUCAGACCAGUCUCUAUGUACAACACAGACCACUAAUAACAGGAACACAUCCCACAAUUAUUAUUGGGCAGUGUUAACUAUACCAUUUAUAGAUUUGUUUUUGGCUUACGUUUUAAAGAAGUCAUAUACACUACAUGGCCAAAAGUAUAUGGACACCCCUUCAAAUUCGUGGAUUCGGUUAUUUCAGCCACACCCGUUGCUGACAAGUGUAUAAAAUCAAGCACACAUCCAUGCAAUCUCCAUAGACGAUUCGAAUGGCCCGUACUGAAGAGAUCAGUGACUUUCAACGUGGCACCGUCAUAGCAUGCCACCUUUCCAACAAGUCAGUUCGUCAAAUUUCUGCCCUGCUAGAGCUGCCUCGGUCAACUGUGCUGUUAUUGUGAAGUGGAAACGUCUAGGAGCAACAACAGCUCAGCUGCGAAUGAUAGGCCACACAAGCUCACAGAAUGGGACUGCCGAGUGCUGAAGCUCAUAGCGCAUAAAAAUUGUCUGUACAAAGCGAGGUCCAUACAGAAAUGGUUUGUUGAGAUCGGUGUGGAAGAACUUGACUGGCCUGCACAGAGCCCUGACUUUGAACCCCAUUGAACACCUUUGGGUUGAAUUGGAACGCCAACUGCGAGCCAGGCCUAAUCGCCCAACAUCAAUGCCUGAUCUCACUAAUGCUCUUGUGGCUCUCUUUGAAAAGUUCACUGCUGCUGUGUAUGACUGAGCAGUGAUUGUGAAAUCGAAGUAAAUUCUUUUUUUUUUUGAUGAACAGUGAUUGUUAAUUGAAAUCGAUCAUUAUGUUUCCCAAUUUUAUAGUCAAUUAAAUCAGUAAAAAAAAAAUGCAAUCUCAUAACACAUUUUUUGUCUGUUUUCCCUGUCAGUUCUUAUAUUGUUCUCUCUGAAAACUGAAGUUAUUUCUGUAAAAGUUUUAUAUUCUAUUACAUUCUACAGCAUGUCAUGCAUCUCAACCAUUGAAAGUGCUAUUACUUUAAACAUGGACACCAGAAAAAAUGUCUCAACAACAAUUAUAGAUAUUCUUUAGAGCAGGUGCAUUAUGUUGUCCCUCUUCUGGACAGCCUGGUUAUGGAGGGCCACUCUGUUGUCUGCAGGAUCAGGGAAUGGCAUCCCGUUUUUCGGAAGGCCCCCUGAUGGGAACGUGAGUGCCAUCUAUGCACCCAAUCACACCAGGGAACCCUCUGAUCCUCUGGAACCCAGCCUCCAGAACUGGAAACUGGGUGGGUGUUGGCCACUUUAUGUAGGUGGGCAUCAGCUGGUUCAGGCCAUCUACUAUUUGGAGCAGUUACUGGAGCAAAUUCUAUUUGCAAAGAGGUCGGAAACACCACGAAAACUCUCCUGAUUGGCCAACAGCCACAGAAAGGCCAACAUGCGAUCCUCCAGGCGUUCUCCUCUGUAUGGAACCAGAGGGUUGAGUUCCUCACACAAUAUCUGAAAACAAAGCAAAAUUGGAUUCUGUCAUGUUAGAGUUUUGACCUUCACCACUGUAACACAGAGGCAAUUAUUAACUAUACAAUUAUGUAUUGUUCAUUAUAGGCUUACUGUUCACAAUGUAGGCUACAUUGUAAUUUUACAUUGUACUUUUACAUUUUUAUAUUUGAAUUAUGUGCCCUUUGUGGCUGUAAGGUUCUGUAUUUGUUGUCUUAGUUCACCUUGUGUUCUUGUACGUAGCCCUGUCUUUCAUUUUUGUUCAUUGAUUUCACCUGUGUUAGUUACUCACCUGGUCUCACCAGCUCCACAUUUAGUUCAGUUCUUUCUGUUUGUGCCUUGUGAGGUAUUGUUAGUUUUGACUCUACUAAGCCUUUUCCUAGCUUGUUUGUGAGAACCAGUUUUAGCCUUCAGUCAUAGUUUUGUUUCACCUGCCUGUUUGCUUACCUGUGUAUGACCAUUGCUUGCCAGUGACCACGAUUCCUGCCUUCUGCGAAGGCGUAAUAAACACCUGCCGUGCUCUGCGCGUAAAUCUACACCUUUUUGCUCCCUGCGUAUUCAUUACAGUGGGAAGUGUUGAUAGAUAAGGGGCCUUAUAAAUAAUAUACAGUACUUACUGUAUAACAUGCAUAAAUAACAAUUUGACUGAUUAUAAAGUAAUUGGGUACGGUAUUGCAUUUUUAUAGCUUAUCAGUUAUCACACCCCGGCCGUCUGGUUGGUUGACUGUACACCUCACCCACCCAGCUUUCUGGUUGGUCAACUAACUAGCUGGCUGGUGUGCAUUCGUACUUAUAGAUAGAUAGCUAGCUACAAUCAUUGGGGAUUUUCGUGACGCUUAACUUUAUUAAGGCUACUUUAAUCAAAACAAAGAGGACGUCUAGACAUGCAAAUUACCUGAAAGUGUUUUCAGCUCAUCUGAAAAUGAGACCGAAAGCCAAAGUCAUUGUAGAGAGGGAUAACUUUCUCCAUAACCAUAUGAAUAGAACGGGCGUCCCCAUUCAAGUCAAUGAUGGCAUAAUGGGGGGGACUGGCAGCCAUUGCGAUUGUACCCAUAGGAGCACAGCAGGAAGCAAAAGCAAGAAGCAAAAGCAGGAAGUGUACCCAUCAAUAUGUGCUGUGAUUUGUUGAUUCAACUCAACUGACAUUACAAAAAUUCCAUUCCAUUGCAUGAGCCACAUCAGUUAACAUAAUUUGAAUGAACAUUCAUUACCAUGGAAAUUAUUGCAUCAUAAUACCAGGCAGCCAUUGCGAGUGUACCCAUGAGUUUACCAGUCAAAUUGCCAAUGUUAGAUGUUCCAAGCCCAUUCUAUUCAUUCUAUUUCUAUGCACAUAAACCAAACUUUUCGGUGUUGAUACACCCACUAAAAGUUGCAGCCAUUCCGUGACAUCGGGAACAGGAUCUAAAACAUAAUCUAUUAUGGCAGAUGCCAUAGCUAAAGCCAACAUUUUGCAUGGUCGGUCCAUGAUGUUAUCAGUAAGAGUAGCUAAAACUAACAUUUCUGCAAAAAAAAACAUGUUUUGAAACAAACACAGUUCAUAGCAAACGUUCGCAUCAAUCAUAAGUGGGAUGCAGGCCAUAAUGCCCUAAUGGGCGGGCCACCGCUGGUGGGGUAAUGUUAAUGGGUGUUUAAGGACAAGCUAUUUUAUCCCUGCUGAAAAAGCUUGUUUUACUGUAUGCCCUGGCGGACUUGAAGGAGAAACAAGAGUAGCCUUUCCCUAAGGAAGACACACAAUGUCCCAUGUAAAGAAUACAGACACUUCCCGUACCAUCACAUGAUAGAAUACCCUUUUCAGCACUGUUCAGAGGUUGGCCCACUUCAAUACUAAAAGGCUGCAUCAAGAGUGUAUCACAGAGCAAUAUUUGAGCUAGUCUUUAGUAAAACAAUUCUCUAAACUGAAGUUUUUUUUUAUAAUAUCCAAAACCUGAGCUAAAGAGUUAGAAAUUAAACAAAUGAUUAGCGGUUAAUGUUAUUUUUUCCAAUAGGUCUAUUACAGUUUUUGUCAAUUGCGUAUAAACAUUUUUUGGAACAAUGUGGUCGAUUUUCAAAACAGAGUUCACAAGACACAGAACUCUGUGUCCUUUUGCAAAACAAUAAAUGAAGUUGCCCAAAAAUCCCAGUAGAUCAAUACAUUUUCUUUGCAGUCAUGACGAUCAAAAUUGGAAGUUCAACUAUCCAAAGAUGCAGAAUCAUGGGCAAAUAUUCUCCUUUUAUGCAUAUUUCACCAAACAAUUUAAUGCACAUCAAAUCAAAUAUUAUUCAUGAUUAAAAAAAGAAAAUAAGCACACUGUGAACAGGAUUCAUUAAUCGGUAUCACCACAAUACAAUUCCAUGUAUUCAAUACAUAGGCUGGUUUGCUUAGUUUUGUAGACUUUCCAUUGGCACACAGAAACACAAUCCACAAUUGAAAUAAGGAAAGGUGAAUACAAUGGAGGAACUCAACUGAUAUGUAUAUAUAGGCUUCAGUAUACACCAACGCAAAGCUCUAUAAUAUAAGGUCACAAUGUUGGAGAGGGGAUGACUUAGUAGUAACCCAAAGUUACUUAGAAGUUCUCUGCAUGUCUGCAAUAUUGUAAAAAACCAUCCUAAAUUUGACAGUCCCCAUUGCCUAGAUCUUUCCCUAUAUUAGACAUGAUAUGACACUGAUGGGAUGAUUUAGAAUUUUGUGAUUGACGGAAACAGUGAAUACAAUUGCACACAUUUCUCUUCUGAUGAAAACAAUGUGUUAAUAUUCUGUGAACAAAACACUUGAGUUAAUUUUGUAUUCACUGAUGACAUAUGUAUUUAAUGUUUUGCAAAAUAUGGUCUAAGAUAUGCAAGUCAGGUAAAAAGGCAAAAAACGAUCAGAAGUUCUGUAAAUGUAUUAGAGCAUUUGAUCAUUGCUGUUCUGCUAUAGAUAGGUUUCAACACAGAUCCAAAGAUUACAGUUGUUCUCAAUUGUGUACAAGCAAAGUGGCAAUCUGCAGUUCAAACAAUAACAAAGCAGCAUCCCACCACUACUUUGGUAAAAGCUGAGGAAUGGGGCUGGAGAAAUGUAACCACUCUGAAAUUCAUAGACAGAGCUACGGAUGUAAGGACUGACUAUCCAUGACAACAAAAUAUAGUUUUAUCCAAGUUUUGAGGCUACACAGUUUGUUUACAAUUACGGUGUUUACACACAUUGGAGUAAAAAAAGGUUAUAUAUGAGGUUUUGAUGGGGUAAGACAAUUGAACUAAGCUCAUGGGGUAUGUAUAAGUUCUAUUCUUUAAUAAUCAAAGGGUAUACAGUAUAUAAUUUAUAUAAAGUCCAAACAUGUAACAACUGCAGAUUGCCCCUUUAACCUCUACGGGAUCGGUGUCCCGUAUACGGGACGGUUGAGCUAACGUGCGCUAAUGUGAUUAGCAUGAUUGUUUUAAGUAACAGCAAACUUUCCAGGACAUAGACAUGACUUAUAUGGGCAGAAAGCUUAAAUUCUUGUUAAUCUAACUGCACUGUCCAAUUUACAGUAGAUAUUACAGUGAAAAAAUACCAUGCUAUUGUUUGAGGAGAGUGCACAACGACAAAAAACCUAACACGGCAACUGGUUUGAUAGAUUCACCUCUGAAGGUAAAUAAUGUACUUACAUUCAGUAAUCUUGCGCUGAUUUGUCAUUCUAAGUGUCCCAGAGAUAAAAUGUAGUAUAGUUUUGUUUGAUAAAAUCAAUUUUUAUAUUCAAAAUGUAGGAACAGGGUUCUACAGUUUGAACCGCUGCUGUCUCUGGCUCCACACCCACCCCACCCGGCCAUCUAGAAGUGUGAAAGUUAGUGUAUAAGCUAAUGAUCCAUCAUGUAUGAUAUUCCUGGGAGUGUGACAACUUACAUUUUGUAUUACCAUAUAAUUUUUGUAUGUUCUCUAUAGUUAUGUACUUGAAAAUGUAUCAAAUUGACCAAUUCGGCACAUUUGGUCAGGCUUGAUACAAAAUAGUCCAGUAUUGCAAUGCUUCACUGGAUCAAUCUGAAACUUUGCACAUGCACUGCUGCCACCUAGUGGCCAAAAUCUAAAUUGCGUCUAAACUACAACAUUUUAUUGUGGCCUUUGUCUUGCAUUUCAAAGAUGAUGGAACAAAAAGAAAAAUGGAAAACACAUGUUUUUUUGUUUGUAUUAUCUUUUACCAGAUCUAAUGUGUUAUAUUCUCCUACAUUAAUUUCACGUUUCCACUAACAUCAACAUUUUUCCUUUCAAAUGGUAUCUUAGUGGGCGGCAGGUAGCUUAGUGGUUAAGAGCGUUGUGCCAGUAACCGAAAGGUCGCUGGUUCUAAUCCCUGAGCCAACUAGGUGAAAAAUCUGUCGGUGUGCCCUUGAGCAAGGCACUUAACCCUAAUUGCUCCUGUAAGUCGCUCUGGAUAAGAGCGUCUGCUAAAUGACACAAAAAAAAAUAUACAAAAAAAAAAGAAUAUACAUAGCCUUGCAGUCAGAUUUGGGUGUGUCAUUUUAGGGGAAAAUGGAAAAAAAGGGUCCGAUCCUUAAGAGGUAAGACCAGGUAGUGCACUGAAGUAUGUUGGGGAAAAAGCCAACACCAGAUUUUUCUGUUGGGUUGGCCGCUCUUAAGUACAGCUAAUCUGGUUAAUUUUACUAAAGUGGGCUAAAUCAGGGUCACACAGAAUGUUUCUUGGUAGUCUUAAACACAUCUACUUUGAAACAAAAGUAUACACCUCACACACAUGGUUAUGGGCUUAAAACACCUGUACCAUGUUAGAUAUAGGUUUGAAAUGUAUUCAAUUUUGAGUCCCAAUAUUACACUUUACAGUAUAUACAGUGCAUUCGGAAAGUAUUCAGACCCCUUCACUUUUUCCACAUUUUGUUACGUUACAGCCUUAUCUAAAAUUGAUUAAAUAGUUUUUUCCCCCCUCAUAAAUCUACACACAAUACCCUAUAAUGACAAAGCAAAAACAGGUUUUUAGAAAUGUUAGCAAACAUAUUAAAAAUAAAAAACUGAAAUAUCACAUUUACAUAAGUAUUCAGACACUUUACUCAGUACGUUGUUGAAGCACCUUUGGCAGUGAUUACAACCUUGAGUCUUCUUGGGUAUGGCGCUACAAGCUUGGAACACCUGUAUUUGGGGAGUUUCUCAAAUUCUUCUCUGCAGAUCUUCUCAAUGGGGAGCGUCGCUGCACAGCUAUUUUCAGGUCUCUCCAGAGAUGUUAGAUCGGGUUCAAGUCUGGGAUCUGGCUGGGCCACUCAAGGACAUUCAGAGACUUGUCCCGAAGCCAUCCUGCGUUGUUUUGUCUGUGUGCUUAGGGUCGUUGUCCUGUUGGAAGGUGAAGCGUCGCCCCAGUCUGAGGUCCUGAGUGCUCUGGAGCAGGUUUUCAUCAAGGAUCUCUCUGUACUUUGCUCCGUUCAUCUUUCCCUCGAUCCUGACUAGUCUCCCAGUCCCUGCCACUGAAAAACAUCCCCACAGCAUGAUUCUGCCACCACCAUGCUUCACCGUAGGGAUGGUGCCAGGUUUCGUCCAGACGUGACGCUUGGCAUUCAGGCCAAAGAGUUCAAUCUUGGUUUCAUCAGACCAGAGAAGCUUGUUUCUCAUGGUCUGAGUCCUUUAGGUGCCUUUUGGCAAACUCGAAGUGGGCUGUCAUGUGUCUUUUACUGAGGAGUGGCUUCCGUCUGGCCACUCUACUAUAAAGACCCAAUUGGUGGAGUGCUGCAGCGAUGGUUGUCCUUCUGGAAGGUUAUUCCAUCUCCACAGAGGAACUCUGGAGCUCUGUCAGAGUGACCAUAGGGUUCUUGGACACCUCACUGACCAAGGCCCUUUCCCCCGAUUGCUCAGUUUGGCCGGGCGAAGUGGUUCCAAACUUCUUCUAUUUAAGAAUGAUGGACGCCACUGUGUUCUUGGGGACCUUCAAUGCUGCAGAAAUGUUUUGGUAACCUUCCUCAGAUCUGUGCCUCGACACAAUCCUGUCUUGGAGCUCUACAGACAAUUCCUUCGACCUCAUGGCUUGGUUUUUCCUCUGACUUGCACUGUCAACUGUGGGACCUUAUAUAGACAGGUGUGUGCCUUUCCAAAUCAUGUCCAAUCAAUUGAAUUUACCACAGGUGGACUCCAAUCAAGUUGUAGAAACAUCUCAAGGAUGAUCAAUGGAAACAGAAUGCACCUGAGCUCAAUUUCGAGUCUCAUAGCAAAGAGUCGGAAUACUUAUGUAAAUAAGCUAUUGUUUUAUAUAUAAUUUUAGUUUGCGCUUUGUCAUUAAGGGGUAUUGUGUGUAGAUUGAUGAGGAACAACAUUUAUUUAAUCCAUUUUAGAAUAAGGCAAAAUGUAGAAAAAGUCAAGGGGUCUGAAAUAAAUCAUGUUAAUUAAUUGUGAAAUUAUGAAAAAUAUUAAUAACAAUCCACCCAUGAGGCCACGAGAGGGUGAUUUGAUAAUUUGACUGCAGGAAAAGCUACGAGGUUUCUGCAACACACAUGCACUUCCACGUGUGUGUGUGUGUGUGUGUGUGUGUGUGUGUGUGUGUGUGUGUGUGUGUGUGUGUGUGUGUGAACGUGCGUGUGAGAGGGAGAGAGAGAGAGAAAGAGCGAGAGUGUCACACCCUGAUCGGUUUCACCUGUCUUGUGCUUGUCUCCAACCCCCACCAGGUGUCUCCAAUUUGUCCACAUUAUCCCUUGUGUAUUUAUACCAGUGUUAUCUGUUUGUCUGUUGCCAGUUCGUCUUGUCUCGUCAAGCUUACCAGCGUUUUGCCGUUACCAGCGUUUUCUCUAGUCCCUGUUUUCCUGUUUUUCUCGGUUUUUACCAUUCUGUCUGCCCUGAACCUUAGCCUGCCUGCCGUUCUGUACCUUGUGACACAGUUCUUGAUUACCGACCUCUGCCUGCCCCGACCCUGUGCCUGCCUGCCGUUGCUGUGCCUUUCGGACUCUGCUCUGGAUUACUGACCUCUGCCUGCCCUUGACCUGUCGUUUGCCUGCCCCCUGUUUUUCUAAAUAAACUUUUGCUAUUUCGAACUGUCUGCAUCUGGGUCUUAUCCUGAGCCUUGAUAGUACAAACUGGCCAUGACGGACCCAGCGGACUCGGACUACCUCCGCAACGCCGUCUCCUCCCAAGGAGCCACCAUUGGGAGGCACGAGGGGUUGCUUCAUGGUCUUAUGGAGGGUUUCCAGACCUUGGCCGAAUGGCAUGACCGCACGUUGAAUACAUUGCUGGAGAAAUUCCAUUGGUUGUCUGUUAGGCAACCUACUACAACGGUAACCUCCCAGCCCCUCAGUAACCCAGCUGUCAACAGCGCGUCUCUCCCGGCCACCCCGGCUUCCCGAGAACCCUGCUUACCUCCACCGGAACGCUUCGCUGGAGAGUCGGGACCCUGUCAUGCGUUUCUCGCUCAGUGUUCCCUCAUCUUUGAGCUGCAGCCCUCCUCCUUCCCCUCGGACUGCUGGACGAUAACAUACAUCAUUACACUGAUGUCCGGGAGGGCUCUCGCCUGGGCUACGGCAGUGUGGGAACAACAGUCUGCCAUGUGCUUCAGUCUGGAGGAGUUCGUGGAUGAGGUGAAGAACGUUUUCGAUUCUCCAUUGUCUGGGAGAGAGGCUGCCUGGAAGUUGUUUUGGCAAGACUCCUGCAGUGUGACAGACUAUGAUGUGGAUUUCCGCACAUUGGCGGCUGAGAGUGCAUGGAACCCGGAAUCGCUGUUCGACAAGUUCCUGCACGGAUUAUCGGAAGUUAAGGAUGAGCUAGCAGCCCGGGAACUACCUACGGAUCUCGACUCACUUAUCGCCUUGACUAUCCAGAUUGAUGGGCGGCUGUGGGAAUGUAGGAAGGAGAGGAGGUCCGAUUCCACGGGAACCUGAGGGGACUUAAUAAGCAGGAAUUGGAUAGCCUUUCUGUGGUUCCCUGACACUUGUAGAUUGAUGGGAGUGGUAUUGUGGGUGACCCUGCCUAUAGAGCGCCCAUCCAGCGCUCUAACGUCCAUGGGAAUGGAGAGGGGCUGAGUGGGGUUGUCCAGCUGGGACGCCAGAGUAGCGUCCAUAAAAUUCUCAUUGGCCCCUGAGUCGAUGAGUACCCGGAGAGAUUUUUACUGGAUCCCCCACAGCAGGGUGGCAUGGAGAGGGGUGCGAGUAAGGGGAGAGGGAAAGUUCUUCGUGUGUCCCACCAGAGUACUCGUCCCUACCAGUGAGCCUGGUCUUUUUAGUGGACAGGAGGACACAAAAUUACCAGUAGUCCCGCAAUACAGACAACUGUUAGUGUUAAGCCUGCGUAAACACUCUGCCUAGUUGCAUUGGCUCGGGAAGAGGCGAAUCAACAUACUUCGGAGACUCUCGGGGAAACUUGGGUUGCCUCUAAUUCUCUUGGAGACAGAGACGUCGGGGACUUCAGGGAUGCCUAGGCAGAGUGUUUAUGCAGGCUUAACACUAACAGAUGUCUGUAUUGUGGGCUACUGGUCAUUUUGUGUCCUCCUGUCCACUAAAACGACCAGGCUCACCGGUAGGGACAAGUACUCUAGUGGGCCAUACAGAGAACUUUCCCUCUCCCCUUACUCGCACCCCUCUCCAUGUCACCCUGCUGUGGGGGAUCCAGUAAAAAUCUCUCCGGGUACCCAUCGACUCAGGGGAGGAAUUACGAUGUGGGGAAUCGUGAGCUUCUCGUGGUGAAGAUGGCGUAGGAUGGCGUUUCAUUGUGUGGAUGGAUCAUAAGAACCUGGAAUAUCUCCACACCACCAAGCGUAUCAAUUCCAGGAAAACUAGGUGGGCCCUGCUUUUCACCCGGUUUAACUUCUCCCUCUCCUACAGCCCGGUUUCCAAGAAUAUCAAGCCAGAUGCGCUCUCAUGCCGCUAUAGCCCAGCGGCUACCCCUUCGGACCCUGAGACCAUCCUCCCCAGCUCGUGUCUGGCGGCAGCUCUCAGCUGGGGAAUUGAGAAGCAGGUCCGUGAGGUGCAGCAUUCCCAGCCGAACCUGAGGGGGGCCCAGAUAACCGGAUCUUUGUUCCUGACGCUGUCCGCCCCUCGGUCCUGGAGUGGGCCCACUCCUCCAGGCUUACCUGCCACCCGGGUUCCCGUCGGACCCUGGCCUUUGUGCAACAACGCUUUUGGGGGCCUACCAUGGUCCAUGACGUCUCCGCGUUUGAAGUCACCUGCACGAUCUGUGCGCAGAAUAAGACUCCUCUGCAAGCUCCAGCUGGUCUCCUUCAACCCCUUCCUGUCCCUCACCGUCCCUGGUCACACAUAUCCCUGGACUUCGUCACUGGUCUCCCCCCGUCUGACGGCACACCGUCAUCCUUACUGUGGUGUUCCGGUUUUCCAAAGCCGCCCAUUUCAUUCCUCUCCCCAAACUACCCUCUGCCAAAGAGACGGCCCAGCUCAUGGUGCAGCAUGUCUUCCGGAUCCAUGGACUCCCGGUGUACAUGGUAUCUGACCGGGGUCCUCAGUUCUCUUCCCAGUUCUGGAAGGCGUUCUGCACGCUCAUUGGGACAUUGGCCAGCCUGUUCUCCGGGAUCCACCACCAGUCUAACGGCCAGUCAGAGCGAGCCAAUCAGGACCUGGAGACAACUCUUCGCUGCCUUUUAUCCACCAACCCCACCACCUGGAGGCAGAAACUUGUGUGGGUUGAGUAUGCCCGCAACACCCUUCCUUGCUCUGCCACUGGUCUCUCGCCUUUUGAGUGUUCUCUGGGAUAUCAGCCCCCACUCUUCCCGGAACAAGAGGAAGAGGUCGGUAUACACUCGGCACAGAUGUUCGUCAGCUGCUGUCGCCGUACCUGGAAGAGAGCCUGGUCGGCUCUUCUCAAGACCACCUCCAGGUAUCGACGACAGGCGGAGGGUAUGGCUGUCCACUCGGGAUCUGCCCCUCCGGGUGGAGUCCAGCAAACUUUCCCCCUGUUUUAUAGGCCAUCUCCAAGAUCAUUAGCCCCUCCGCUGUUCAUCUUCUGUUGCCCAGUACCCUCCGUAUACAUCCCACUUUUCAUGUGUCUAGGGUUAAACCUACAGUACUGGUCAAAAGUUUGGACACACCUGCUCAUUCAAGGGUUUUUCUUUAUUUUUUACUAUUUUCUACAUUGUAGAAUAAUAGUGAAGACAUCAAAACUAUGAAAUAACACAUAUGGAAUCAUGUAGUAAACAAAAAAGUGUUAAACAAAUCAAAAUAUAUUUGAGAUUUGAGAUUUCUCAAAUAGCCACCCUUUGCCUUGAUGACAGUUUUGCACACUCUUGGCAUUAUCUCAACCAGCUUCACCUGGAAUGCUUUGCCAACAGUCUUGAAGGAGUUCCCACAUAUGCUGAGCACUUGUUGGCUGCUUUUCCUUCACUCUACGGUCCGACUCAUCCCAAACCAUCUCAAUUGGGUUGAGGUCGGGGGAUUGUGGAGACCAGGUCAUCUGAUGCAGCACUCCAUCACUCUCCUUCUUGGUAAAAUAGCCCUUACGCAGCCUGGAGGUUUGUUGGGUCAUUCUCCUAUUGAAAAACAAAUGAAAGUCCCACUAAGCCCAAAACAGAUGGGAUGGCAUAUCACUGCAGCAUAUUGUGAUAGAUAUGCUGGUUAAGUGUGCCUUGAAAUCUAAAUAAACCACAGACAGUGUCACCAGCAAAGCAUCCCCACACCAUAACACCUCCUCCUCCAUGCUUUGUGGUGGGAAAUACACAUGCAGAGAUCAUCCGUUCACCAACACCCGCGUCUCACAAAGCCACGGCGGUUGGAACCAAAAAUCUCAAAUUUGGAGACCAGGCCAAAGCACACAUUUCCACCAGUCCAAUGUCCAUUGCUUGUGUUUCUUGGCCCAAGGAAGUCUCUCUUCUUAUUGGUGUCCUUUAGUAGUGGUUUCUUUGCAGUAAUUUGACCAUGAAGGCCUGAUUCACAUAGUCUUCUCUGAACAGUUGAUGUUGAGAUGUGUCUGUCACUUGAACUCUGUGAAGCACUUAUUUGGGCUGCAAUUCUGAGGCUUGUAACUCUAAUGAACUUAUCCUCUGCAGCAGAGGUAACUCUGGGUCUUCCAUUCCUGUGGCAGUCCUCAAGAAGCCAGUUUCAUCAUAGCGCUUGAUGGUUUUUGCGACUGCACUUGAAGAAACUUUCCGUAUUGUUCUUGAAACGUUCCGUAUUGACUGACCUUCAUGUCUUAAAGUAAUGAUGGACUGUAGUUUCUCUUUGCUUAUUUGAUCUGUUCUUGCCAUAAUAUGGACUUGGUCUUUUACCAAAUACGGCUAUCUUCUGUAUACCCUCACUACCUUGUCACAACAAAACUGAUUGGCUCAAACGCAUUAAGAAGGAUAGAAAUUCCACAAAUUAACUUUUAACAAGGCACACCUGUUAAUUAAAAUGCAUUCCUGGUGACUAUCUCAUGAAGCUGGAUGAGAUAAUGCCAAGAGUGUGCAAAGCUGUCAUCAAGGCAAAUGGUGGCUAUUUGAAGAAUCUCAAAUAUUAAAUAUAUUUUGAUUUGUUUAACACUUUUUUGGUUACUACAUGAUUCCAUAUGUGUUAUUUCAUAGUUUUGAUGUCUUCACUAUUAUUCUACAAUGUAAAAAAUUGUAGAAAUAAAGAAAAACACCAGAAUGAGUAGGUGUGUUCAAACUUUUCAUUGGUUGUGUAUGUCUAAUAGUCCUUUGUCUCCUGUUUCCAGGCCCACCCCUCUCCCCCGUCUCAUCUACGGCCAACCGGCGUACACGGUGGGGCGCCUCCUGAACGUUCGACCUCGGGGCAGGGGAUUCCAGUACCUGGUUGACUGGGAGGGUUAUGGCCCGGAGGAGAGGUGCUGGGUCCCUGCUAGGGGCAUCCUGGACCCAGGCCUCAUCGCUGAGUUCCACCGCCGGCACCCCGGUCAACCAGGUAUGCGCCCAGGUAGGACGCCAGUUGGUGUCCCUAGAGGGGUUGGGGGUACUGCAACACCCUGAUCGGUUUCACCGGUCUUGUGCUUUUCUCCACCCCCCCACCAGGUGACUCCCAUUUGUCCCCAUUAUCCCCUGUGAAUUUAUACCAGUGUUUUCUGUUUGUCUGUUGCCAGUUCGUCUUGUCUCGUCAAGCUUACCAGUGUUUUUCCCAUACUCCUGUUUUCCAAUGUUUUUUUGGACUCUGCUCUGGUUACUGACCUCUGCUUGCCCUUGACCUGUCAUUUCCUGCCCCCUGUUUUUCUAAAUAAACUUUUGCUAUUUCGAACUGUCUGCAUCUGGGUCUUAUCCUGAGCCUUGAUAGAGAGAGUGUUUGUGCAUGUGUGUUCAUGUGUGUUUGAGUAUGUGUAUCUACAUUGUAAAAACAUAUUCUGGGGUGAAUUGAAAUUGUCAAAAAAAUGUCAUUUCAAAUAUUAGUUAAUUUAAUUUUAUACAAAAAUGUAAAGGUAGACUCAAUGAUAUGACGUAGAUGCAGAUAGUAAACAGCAGAGUGGGUACAUUUCUGCCACAACUAAGAGCGCUGAAGCAUGAGGCUCAUCUUCUCUGCUGUUUUAGUGCCCUGGCUACUACACUGUACACAAUGUGAAGCAAACCUGUGCACAUGCACAGAUGCUGUGUGUGACUGUGUGAGAGCAAAGUGUUGCAUCUCGCUCUUCUCAGUAUCUCCAGUGCUGCUCGUGGCAAUGUAAUUUUGCUGAGUCUACUUUUAAGAACAAAUCAAAGUUCAUAUGUUGCUAAAAUGUUAAGUCUCUUUAUGAGGGUAACCAAAGAGAGAGAACAUUGAGUGAUUUAAUUUACUCCAUUUUAAUACUAUUUCUCUAAACUUAAUAAUUUUAAGUUCUUGCAACAAUGUGCCACGGGGCUCCGCUUUUAGAGGAUUGUGGGUAAUUCAAAAUGUUUAGACUUUCUGAUUAUUUUACAUAAUGUUUUAUGUAUGUUUGAAGAAAGAAAAUUAUAUUUAUAUUUUAGAAUUAAGCAGCUUGUUGUGUCAUGAGGUGUAACUGAUCAUGAUGAAUGGAUAACAAAACUGUCAGGCAAAUUGACGUUCAAUGAUGAGACCACCCAUUCCCACCAUCACCACUCUUCAUGACAGAGGCAAAUGCAACACUGCAGUUUUACCUCCAAUUACUGCUGGUGGAUUGAGCACUGUGCUCAACAAUGCCUGACAAAGUGGGUUAAAAUGGCAAAUGAUAGAAUACAUUAAACAAUUUUAAACAUUGUGUUUGUGAAACACUAACAUUUUGGGUUCACUACUCAAUAAUAUGUUGUGUAAUUGUGUUGCCUUGAAGGGACAGCGCAGUAAAAAACGUGAUUUUCCUGUAGUUUUUAAUGAUAUUUCCACACUAUAAGGUCGAAAUAACACUGAAAUUGUGAAAAUGAUGAUAAUGCCCUAGAAUUUCAGCAUGUUCUGGUGGAAUUGAGUUUUUUGGCCCACAGCAUGACAUCACAAUCUGAUCUGAUUUCUGACCAAUGACCAGUCAUCUUUUAUUUGUAUCUGUAUCCUCCUACUUUGAAGGGGUAAGCGGACUGGUAAAUCUGAUCAUUAGGGUAAUGCAGAAGGAUGACUCAGUUGUUACGCUACUGUAUGCAUACCUAGAAUGAGAACACUAAGUUACACAUUCUAGCUGUACAGAAAAUAAACAAUAUAGUUUUGUAUAGUUUUGUUUCUAUAAUUUGGGUGGGAAUAUUUAUGAACAUGGAAAUCAUAGCAUAUUAUGCAGUCAAUGUUUUUGUUGAACUUAGAUAUGUACAAGAUGUACAGAGAAUAGAACAUAUCAUGUUAGAGGUAUACUUAAACUAAAAUACAAAAUGUGUAUAAUUUGUGUAUGAGCUAGGAGAGACUGCAAUUUACAUUCAUAGCCACAUUAGCAUUAGCACUAAUCACAGCAUUGUUAGCAUGUUCUUAAUCUCGGAUCCACUGCCAUGUUCCUAACCUUUUCACAAACAUAAAUGUAAGUUGAAUUUAACAUUACAAUCACAAAUAUUUCCAUUUUUGUCCCCUGCAGGUCUUCAGGACAACCCGUGGGUCUGCGACUGCAGGAUCUCCAAGCUGAUUGAGCUCUCCAAAAUGUCUGACAUGUCAGUGGUACUAAUGGACCAGUUCCUGUCCUGCAGCGGGCCUGAGAACCUGGCUGGCGUUAUGUUCCAAAGGGCGGAGCUGGACCAAUGUCUCAAGCCAUCCAUCAUGAUGUCAGCCACCAAGAUCACAGCCUCGUUGGGCAGCAACGUGCUCCUGCGCUGUGAUGCCACGGGUUACCCCACGCCUACCCUCAUCUGGACUACUUCAGAUGGCUCACCUGUCAACAACACAGGUAUCAACAGUGAAACAAUUUAUUAUAAGAAAAUGCAUACAGUGUGUUAUUCAACAUGUUUAUCAAAAAUAGUUUUAGAUAAAAAAACAUUUUUGUUAAGAUUUACUUAUGUUCUACAGUUGAUCUUUGUGAUUCAUUAAAAUAAAGUCUACAUCUUGGCAAUGAUUAAGUCUUUGCAUUUUCAUGAUCUACCUAUAGUUGUCCAGGAGUCUCCGGGAGAGGGUGUCCAAUGGUCCAUCAUCAGCCUGAAUGGGAUCUCGUACAAAGACAACGGGGAGUACAGCUGCAAGGCUAAGAACUUUGCUGGCAAUGCAGAGGCUGCCAUCACCCUGUCUGUGGCAGGUUAUGACGCUGCAACCAUGCCCCCAGAGAGGCCCAACAUAGAAGCUGGAGGGAAUAACCCAUCCACAACGUCCUCUGCUCCGGCAACUGGCUUCCCCAACUCCCCUAGUGCCCCGUCUACCACCACCGCCCCACCCACGACCACGCAUCCAGCCGUCUUGCCACCCGUCCUCACCAAGAAGAAACCCACGCCCAGCAGCGUGCAGCAGAUAGCCCCACCCAAACCAUCCAAGAUCCAGAAAGACAGCGACAGGAAGCUAGCGGCGGAUCAGAGGAAAAAUAAAGUUGCUUCCAAGUCUGUCCAAGAUCUCGAGAUCGUGGAAGAAACACCGGAUAGCGCGGUUCUACUCUGGACGACCAACGGUUUGCAGAGCAAUGCACCUCUCACCAUUGUUUACUCCACUUAUGAUGAGGACGACGACUCCAAAAGGACAGUGGAUACCGAUGCCGGGAGUGGCAAAGUCCUACUCGAAGGCUUGACUUCUGGAAUGAGGUACCAGGUUUGUCUGGUUGCCAAGGGAAGUGCCGCGGGGAAAGACCCCUGUAUCAACUUCUUCACCCUGGACCUUGUUGAGGACGAUGCUGCGAACAAGCUGCUGAUGAUCAUCAGCGGCUUUUCCUGCGCCGUGGCUUUACCUGUCAUCGGUUUGCUGGUCUACAAGAUCCUCUUACUCCACUGCAAGAGCAGAGUGCCAGGUUCGGACGACGAGCUAUCUAAAGACACGUAUGUGAAGUUUGAGACGAUAUCGAUGAAGCAGAGGACCUUGAACGCUAAUCCCACUGAAUUGUGGACCUACAGGCAGACCAAAGAGUCCCAAGAGAAGAUGCUCCUCUGCUCCAGGUCCAGCAUUGACUCACAAAUGACAUACAAGAGUGACAGUUCCAGAUCGGAAUUUUUGUGCUAG